AUGAGAUUUGUGGCCCUUUCCUGCACAGUUGCGGUUGCAUAUGCCCUACAAGUCCUUCCGCCAGUCGAGUGGAAUGCGACGGGGCUGUCGCGCGAUGGAUUCGACAUUUGGGCAGUAGAGAAGAAUAUCUUCAUCACCAGCACUUUUGCGUCCUGGCGUGACGAAAAUGGGCUGACUCUGAUCCCUCCCUCCGCUGGCGAGUUUGCGGAGACCUUUCGCCAGGAUGUAGAAGAAAUGACCAACACGUCUUGGGUACUUCGUGUGGUAGACACAGUCCAAAUCAACGAGACGGGGAUCUUCCUAGACUUUUUGAACAAACAGCAGGUCAACUUAACAUAUGAGAACAAGGAACCCACCGAGGAAGGUUAUGAGCUCAUCUUUGAUGCUGGCCGAGCUUCUAUUCGCGGUUCCGGUGCUCGGGGGAUGUGGUGGGGAACACGGACAUUUCUACAGCAAUUGCUGAUUCACGACCUGGAAACAGUCCCAGCCGGCCGAACACUGGACGCGCCUUCGUCUGUCACGCGGGGGUUCAUGCUUGACGCGGGUCGCAAAUGGUACUCUCCAGCAUUUCUCAAAGACCUGUGCACGUACGCCUCGUUCUUUAAGUUGUCCGAGUUCCACUACCACAGCAGUGACAACUAUCCGUUGAACCGCGGGCAUAAUGAGACGUGGUACGACGUCUAUUCACAAUUCUCAUUGCGACCCGAGAGCUCGGAUUUGCAGGGGUUGGUGCAAAGACCUAACGAGACGCUUUCGCGGGCGGAUUUUGAAGACUUUCAAUAUCAUUGCGCGCAACAUGGAGUGACCGUCAUUCCGGAGAUCGAGGCACCGGGGCAUGCACUGUCUAUCACCAAGUGGAAGCCGGAAUUGGCGCUGGAGUCGAAGGACCUCCUCAACUUGACGCACCCGGAUACGGUACCGCUGGUCAAAUCGAUAUGGUCGGAUUUCCUCCCAUGGUUUCAAACAAAAGAGGUUCAUAUCGGAGCGGAUGAGUACGACGUCGCCCUGGCGGACGACUACAUCGACUUUGUCAACGAGAUGGCUCGCUUCAUCAAUGAGACCGCAGGGAAGAAGAUCCGCAUCUGGGGCACGAACGAGCCGUCGAGUACCCGUAAAAUUUCCAAGGAUGUCAUCGUUCAGCACUGGCAAUAUGGCCAGUCAGAUCCUGUCAGCCUUGCAGAAGAUGGGUAUGAGUUGAUCAACUCCGAAGAUUGGUGGGCUUACAUGUCUCUAAAAAAUGACCACAUGCCCAUCCUCCCAGCUCCGUAUCCCCCUUUGUUCAACAAUACUCGAUUGUUGAAUUUCGGAGGCGAGGAAGACUUGCAAUGGGCGCCACCGUUGUUCAACCCGUAUAAUACCACCAGGCAGCCUGAUCCGAGACGUGUCAAGGGAGCCAUCAUCGCAGCCUGGAAUGAUAAUGGUCCCGACGCGACAACGCAGCUGGAGGCGUACUAUGCCCUCCGUGACGGAAUCCCAACAUUUGCAUCUCGUGUGUGGUCUGGUAACCGUGGUCAGGAGCUGGAUGUAUCGCGUUUGGCCGAUUCAAUGCGGUUGCUGAGUGCGAACGCCGUGGGGCAGAAUCUGGAUCGGCGACUUCUUGAAGAAACGAAUCUAAGUGAAGGAGAACUGAUUAGCUGGAAUGCAAUGAACAACGGCAGCACCAGCAAACUGCACCUGGGAUAUGGUAGUAAGGGAAUGAAUUAUACGCUAGAGCUUAAUGUGACUGGACCGUUUGCUCUCUCCUCCGAAGAUGCAAUGCUCAAAUUGGGAUUCGAUGGUUCUUUGACAUUUGUGUCGGAUGGGUGGGAGUAUCCUCUGCGAUCUGUGUCUGAGUCUGAUGGAUUUGAUCCCGCGUAUCCAGGCCGAAUCUGGGUCAACACGACAUCCUCGACGCAUGAACCCGUGGCUGUACCGUUGAGAAGCCUUAUCACGAUAUGCACGGAUGUUGUUGGUGGAAGUCGCGUCUGGAUUGAUGGCACCUUCGCAGGCAGGUUUGAGGUGUUUGUGUUUGGAGGAAAGAAUACUCUCUUUUCCUGGAGUCAGAUGGCGUUUGUCGCACCGUUGGACUGGAUAGAGGGGAGUGUGCAGCACUUACGGCUCAGUUCCUACUAG